AUGUUAAAGAUGUUAGAUCUUGCUGGCAAUCAACUUGGCGCCAUAGGAGCUCAACAUGUUGCUGACAACCUCAUGAAUAAAACGCAGACACUAACUACAUUGAACCUUGCUGAUAAUCAAAUCGGAGAUACAGGAGCACAAUGUCUUUCCAAUGCAUUGCUCCGAAAUCAAACAAUGAUUGUACUUAUUCUGAAGAAUAAUGGAAUUCGAGAUCAAGGAGCCAAAGCUUUAGCUGAGGUUCUACAAAAUAACAAAACACUGACAUCAUUAGAUCUUAGUGCCAAUCAAAUCGGUGAUCGUGGAGCAAAACAUCUCACUGAUGCCAUUGAGAAAAAUAAUGUGACUCUCUCAAUCGAUUAG